GUACAUACAUAAUUUAAAUUGCCAUACGCGCCGUUACGAUAACAUUAUGCAUGUAUUCACUGGCCUUCUAUAUUUUACGUAUUUAUGAUAUGUGCAUCCUAUUUCGUUUCAUAGGAGCUUGAAAUUUGAAUCGUUGUGUUUUAUUUUCAUUCUCGUUACAACUUACAACGCUGUAUCAAGUUCUAUUUCAAAAAGUGUAAAAACGCGUUCCUUGUUUUAAAAUGUUUAAUGUACGAAUACUUAGGAAGGAACGAAGGAAGUUCCUAUCAUGCCGAUUUGUACAUCGCGUGGAAAAAGAUCUUGAUCAAAAUAUUUGCGAAUUUAGUGAGGUUCCUGGUCCUAAAUCUUAUCCUAUAAUAGGAAGUUUAUAUAAAUAUUGGCCCUUUGUCGGUGAAUAUGAUGCUGAUACUCUAGACAAAAAUGCUUGGCUUAAUUGGUGUCGUUAUGGGGGACUAGUAAGAGAAACACCAAUUGUUAACUUACUUCAUGUUUUCGAGCCAGAGCUAAUGGAAAUUAUCUUCCGUCAAAAUGAUCGCUAUCCCUCAAGGAGAAGUCAUGUUGCGAUGCUACAUUAUCGUAUGAACAAAAAACAAGUAUACAAUUCUGGAGGUCUUCUUUCUACAAAUGGUCCAGAGUGGUGGCGAAUACGAAGCGCAUUUCAAAAGAAUUUUUCUGGCCCCCGUAACGCCAAGCAGUAUGUGAACAUUACUGAUCAAGUUGUUGAAGAGUUUAUUCAAUGGAUAAAAGACGUUAACGUAUCAUCAAAUGAUGAUUUCUUGCCCUAUUUGAAUCGCCUCAAUCUUGAAGUGAUUGGAGCUGUAGCAUUUAACGAACGUUUUAAUAGCUUUGCAAAGGAUGAACAGCUUCCAGAUUCUCGCAGUAGCAAGGUUAUAGCGUCUGCUUUUGGUUCUAAUUCUGGCAUUAUGAAACUCGAUAACGGAAUAUUAUGGAAACUAUUCAAGACACCAUUGUAUAAUAAUCUUGUUAAAUCACAAGAAUAUUUGGAGAAAGUGUCGAUGGAUAUUUUAUUAGAUAGGUUGAACUAUUAUGAAGAACAUAAUAGUAAAGAUAAAUCCCUUUUAUCUUCUUUCACACAACAACCAGAUGUAGAUAUAAAAGAUUUAAUCGGUAUGAUGGUGGAUAUAUUAAUGGCUGCAAUAGAUACGACUGCGUAUACUACAAGUUUCUCGUUAUAUCACAUAGCUCGAAAUCCUGCAUGCCAGCAAAGGUUAUUCGAAGAGUUAGACACUUUGUUACCAAGCAAAAAUUCUGAAGUUACGGAAACGGUUUUAUCUAAGGCAGUUUAUUUAAAAAGUUGUGUUAAAGAAAGUUUACGUCUUAAUCCAGUAUCUAUUGGAGUUGGCCGUAUACUGCAAAACGACAUAAUUUUAAAAGGAUACAAAAUACCUGAGGGGACGGUGAUCGUAACUCAAAACAUGAUAGCGUCCAGACUGCCACAGUAUGUAAGAAACCCUUUGCAGUACAAACCGGAACGGUGGUUACGCGGUUCCACAGAUUAUGAAAACAUACAUCCCUUUUUAUGUUUGCCUUUUGGUUUUGGAUCAAGAUCGUGUAUUGCGAGACGUCUCGCUGAACAAAACAUCUGUAUUACUUUGAUGAAGAUAAUUCGCAAUUUUGACAUUCAGUGGAUGGGAGGGAAUUUAGGAGUAAAGACUUUCUUAAUCAAUAAACCCGAUCAACCUAUUACUUUACAAUUUACACCAAGAAAGAUCUAAAAUCCUUUCUAGUACACUAAUAUGGAUCAAGAAAAUAAUAUUGUGUGAAUAUCUUUAAGAAUCAUCGUAUUUUCCUGUGUAAUAAUUGCCGUAGCGCUCUGCGCCCCUACUCUCGACCCAUUUCUGACACGGCGUUUGCUGCCUGCCUUAGAACAUGAGGAAGUACAUGACGAGUUCGGGCAGUAUGCGUACCGUUACGUCACAGCUGAGGGAACUGUAGUCUCCCAACGUGCCUGGCUCGAGCCAACCGAAAAUGGCACUUAUGUCCUUGUCACAGAAGGCGAAGUUUCUUACCUCGGGGAUGACGGCGAAAUAUACGUCACGAAAUACUACGCAGGCAUUAAUGGAACGCAUAUGGAGAAUGAUCAUUACCCCCUGCCUAAGGCGCCAGUUGCAGAAGAGUCAGAUGCUACUCAGUGAAAGUUUCUUAUAUGUAUACCUAUGUAUAUCAUUCAUGUAAAUAAAAAUCUAUGUAUUCAGCCCUCAACGUAUUAUUGUUUAUUUUGGGUGCCUACCUAAUAGU